UUCACUUCACUUGUUGUCUCCUUCCUUCACUUGUUUGACUCGCUCCACGUUCAGUCACAUGUGAGGAGGAGAGAUAAACACACCGCAGCGGAAACACGAGUGGGAGUGAUGUAAUGUCGCCUGUCUGCUGACCACGGAUGGCUGUGUGUGCCAGGCUCUGCGGAGUGGGUCAGUCGCGGAGGUGCCGAAGGCGUCCGCGGCAGAAUCAACAGGACCAGGGCAGCGAUUCUGACAUGGACGAGGAAGAAGAGGAGCGGAUCGUGGGUCAGAGGCGAGGAGACGCCGGCUGCGGGGGCCCGGAGAGCGGCGUCAACACAGCAGGGCCGAGCCGGGUGCACCGCAGCGGGCCGUACGACGUGGGAUUCCCGCACCCACAAGCUUUGACGGAACUACCGCCUGAGCUUUUAGUCGAGAUUUUCUCUUUGCUUCCCGGAACGACACUACCCACAGUCGCUCUCGUCUGUAAAAAAUUUAGGGAGAUCCUCAACACAGAAACCAUCUGGAGGAGGCGCUGUGUGAAAGAGUUCCACAUGAAAGAGGAUCUGAGAAAAAUGGAAGUGGGUGGAGUUUCUUGCCAUGACCUAUAUGUAAAACGUGUUAACCCACGAGUUAAGUCUGGACGCUUCAUGAAGCUUCUUCCUGACUACGAACAUAUGGACUAUAAAGACCUGUACACACACCUUCUUCAUCCAUACAGACACAUUUUGGGAUUAUGGCAGCCAGACAUAGGCCCUUAUGGGGGGUUACUCAAUGUUGUGGUUGAUGGGCUGUUCAUCAUCGGAUGGAUGUACUUGCCACCUCAUGAUCCUUGCGUGGAAGAUCCUAUGAGAAGACGGCCUCUCUUUCGAAUCCACAUGUGGGAAAGCAAAAAGGCUACCGUGGAGUGUAUGUAUGGACACAAGGGUCCCCACAAAGGAGACAUCCAGACUGUCAAGAAGGAUGAAUUCUCAACAAAAUGUAACCAGACAGAUCAUCACCGCAUGCCCGGAGGCAGACAAGAAGAGUUCAGAACAUGGCUGGAGGAAGAAUGGGGCCGGACGCUAGAAGAGAUUUUCCAUGAACAUAUGCAGGAGCUCAUUCUGAUGAAGUUUAUUUACACCAGCCAAUAUGACAACUGUUUGACAUAUCGGCGGAUCUACUUGCCUCCUUUAAUGCCGUCUGACUUGAUUCAGCCCGGUCUAUUUAAAGGCACAUAUGGCAGUCACGGUUUAGAGAUUGUCAUGCUCAGCUUUCAUGGGAUGUCUGCAAGGGCCACCAAGCUCACCGGAGAUCCCAAUGUUCCUGCUGGGCAACUGACUUUGGACAUUGACCUGAGCCAGCCGUUGGACCUCCCAGACUUGGAACAUCAGCGCAAUAUAGAGGAGCUGUCACGCCUUAUAUUGGGGGUACAUGAGCAAGUACAGAGGCAGCAGACGUUAGGCACUCCUGCCACAGUGAGAGCCCCUGCUAGUGGCAAUGCUCCCGCAGAAGAUGUUGCCAAUAUUAGCGUCAGUUCCGAUGGUUGCCUUCCAGGUCCAAGUACGGAUCCAAAUUCAUUUGAGAGCCAACCCUUCAUUCUCCCCCUGGGAGUCAUGGCUCGCAAUGAAGUGUACCCACGUACUUGCAGAAAAUGCUUCUAUGGAACAGGGCUGAUUGCCGGGCACGGCUUCACAAGUCCAGAGCGCACCCCAGGGCUAUUUGUGCUCUUUGAUCAGGAUCGUUUUGGCUUCAUCUGGCUGGAGUUGAAGUCUUUCAGUCUCUACAGUCGCCUGACAGACCACCUAGCCCAUGCACAUGCCCCAAAUUUGGAGCGAUUUGAGGCCAUGCUGCGCAAUAUGCAGUCGUGGACAUCAUGAGGACACAAGCUUUAAGUCCUUUCUGGCAAUACAAAUACAUCACCAUCCUAAUGCCAAUUAUAAGAUGUAGUACAUUACACCUCACGGCCCCACCCCAACCCACCUUCACAGCGGUACAUAUUAGAUUGCGAAAUGACCUUUUCCAGCCUCAAUAAAUGUUUAUCAACCUUUUGUUUUACUAUCUAGUCGGGUUCAAGUGUUCCUAGUACAGCAUGAUAAGUAUGUCUAUUUAUUUAUUUAUUUCAUCCAGGAGAAACUGAUGCGAUACUACAAACCACUUAUCACGGAACAAACUUUAUGUGCCUCUGAUUGUAAUCAUGUCUGUACUAAGUAGUGUUUGAGAAGGUCAUGGUGUGAAAUGCAUUUCCAUUCAGUGCCCAUUAUGUUGAACAACAUGCUGCAUUUUUAUUUGCAUUUGGUUUUGCAGCAGAUUGUGUUUAGGAAAAAGUAUGCCUUGAACAUUAGUUUGUACAAUACAUGUAUUUAAAUAGACAGCUUCUCAGGUAAUUUUUGUCACAAAUGUGAAUAACACAACACCAUUCGCAUCUAUUUGUUGUAAAGGUUAAUCAAGUUUGAUCAACUGUAAAUAUUGAGCCCACUAUAGAUAAAGUGGGUUUGUAGCAAUUACUCUCUUAGCAAACAGUGAAGCUCAGAUUGUUUUUGCUCUUUGAGCACUAUUGGUGUUUUCAAUGAUAUGCUUUGGGUCAAAGAUUAUUUCACCAUACCUUACUUAAAAUUGUCAGUAGAAGACAUGUACUCGAAAAGAAUAAGCUAUACAUACACAUUAUUCAUUCACUUUAUGUGUUAAUUAGGUUGCUUUGAGCUGGACAAAAUAUGGCAACUUCUGAUAUGUAUAUCAUGUUUGCAAUUUGUUUGCCCUGACAUUUUGCCCCAUCCACAACUUUCUAAAUUAUUUCAUGUCACUUUGUAGUUGGACAUUAUGUAACCCCAACAUCCUCUCUCAUCCUACCUAUACCACUUAAUGUAUAUACCUACUGUAUGUACUGUAUGUCUUGUUAUGGCUUGAUGGCAUUGCCCAGUAGCUUUCUUACUACAAGUGCACUUUUCUGGGCAGAACAGAAUAGUAACUCAUAUCUAAAGACCUGGAACACUGGGCAGCAUAUUCGUGGUAGACUGCAGAUAUAUUAACAUCUGAAAAAAGAAAAGCUUUUGGCUUGUUCAUCUGAACCAAAAUACAGUUCAAUAGAUUUUCAUAUGUGCACGUUAUUUGUACCCAACUAUGUAAUUGGUCAACCUUAGUGUUCCUUUUCACUCAUCUGCAGGACUCAUUAGAGCAGGGGUGCCCAAGUCUGGUCCUUGAGAGCCCCUAUCCGGCUUGUUUUCCAUGUCUCCCUCAUUUAACACACCCUAAUCAUUUCGUCAGCAAGCUCUGCAGGAGCUUGAUAAUGAUCGCGGUUAUUUAAUUCAGGUGUGUUGGAGGAGGGAGACAUGGAAAACAAGCUGGAUAGGGAAUCUCAAGGACCGGACUUGGGCACCCCUGCUCUGCAGGAGCUUGAUAAUGAUCCCGGUUAUUUAAUUCAGGUGUGUUGGAGGAGGGAGACAUGGAAAACAAGCUGGAUAGGGGAUCUCAAGGACCGGACUUGGGCACCCCAGAAUUAGAGUAAUCUAUAACAUUCAGUUGCAAAAAGCAAUUUGUUUUUUUCCCUCGUAAAUUUUGUGUUUAAAGGAUUACCAUCAAACAUUUACAAUUUAUAAUCAUCUAUACUAUUACCAUGCCCUUUUUGUAAAAAAAAAAAAAAAGAAAUCUGUAGUAUUUUACUCAACAAUUA